AUGGAAUCAGGAUAUUUCAAAGCUGAUGUCAAUAGUAUACCCAAAAUUGAUUUCUACAUGGUUCAGCAUUUUUUAUCAACCAACGAGAAAUUCCGAGAAUCUAAUAAGAGCGGAAAAAUCGAACGGUCCAAGAAUGCAGAGUAUUUAAAAUCAGCUAUUGGAAGAGUGCAGUACAAGGUCGAAGGAAACAGAUAUACGAUUAAAGCGAAAAUAGUUCCGGAGCAUAAAAUCACAAAGAAACAGUAUCCAGUAGUAGCUGUUAUUGAUAUCGAGAAGGAGGAAAUAGAAGAUGUGUACUGCGAUAGUAUAACUGACGGUUGUAAAGCUGCCAAAGGGGGUUGCAAGCAUGCUGUUGCUUUUUUAUUUUUCCUAUACGAAAAAUAUAACACACCAUCUCCAACUGAAGGAACAUGCUUGUGGAAAGUUCCCCAAUUAGCAAGAGUUGAAGAAAAUAUCGAUAAUUUCAACCUAGCUAAGUACGGCCGGUCUAGUGCUGCGUCAAAUAACCAGAGCAUAACUCAACCCGGCAGCGGAGUUUUUGUACGCACAUUACUGGAGAAGUGCCCCUCUGGCCAAUUGAUAACUGGACUGAAAUUCCAUCAACCGUUUCCUCGAAUGGAAGCGUAUUCCCUUCAUUGCCUUUUUAUAGAUUUUAAGGAAUCAUAUCCGACACAAAACACAGCAAAGAAGUUUAAUAAAUAUUGCCAAUCCACAAUGAGUACUUCGAUUUGUCGAGAAAUCGAGAUUAAUACUCGCGGGCAAGGUCAGGGUCAGAAUCGCUCAAGAUGGUUUCAAUUGAAAUUUGGUAGAAUCACGGCAUCGAAGCUGUGGGAACUAUCGAGAUGUAAAACUACGGAUGGAUCUUUAGUUCAUUCUCUUUUAGGGCAACAGUCUGUAACAACUGAAGCAAUGAAAAGGGGACUUGAACUAGAGGGCAAAGUUGUUGAUGUACUUAAAAAAUGUUAUCCAAAUGUACGGACAUGCGGGUUAUUUUUAGAUCCAAAUUUCCCAACAUUCGGAGCAUCACCAGAUGCCAUUAACAAUACUACUGUAUUUGAAAUCAAAUGCCCAAGCAAAAUGAACAACCGCAAAUACUACGUAACAGAACAAGGACAAUGGACAGAUAAGGUGAAAUCCCAAAUUCAGCUUCAAAUGGCUCUAACAAACAAGGAGAAAGGAGUACUGGUCCUGGUUCAUCCAGGAUUUGAGACUUGCCAAAAUCCAUCGCAGUUUAUACAUUUUUAUGAAGAGCAUAAAGAUGUUGUGUACAUUAAACGACUCAUGAAGGCUAGCUAUAAGUUUUGGUGUUCUAAUGUGUUUGAUAAGUUGGGAGACAGGUUUUAA